AUGGUCUCUGUUGCUUCUGGUCCGGAUGCAGCCAUCCCUCCUGGCACCUACCAGCAUACUGGCCCAGCGUGGAUGUACAAAUCUCCCAAGAUUGGGCGUUUCCAAGUCCCCUGGUAUGCAUCUCCAGCAGGCCAGCUCAUUCUGGUCUCAUUCGUCUGCUUCCUGUGCCCUGGCAUGUUUAAUGCUGUCAGUGGUCUCGGUGCCGGUGGUUUGGUCGACACUGGCGAUAUCGACAAGGCGUAUGUUGCUCUCUACAGCACCUUUGCAGUCGUGGCGUUCUUCGCUGGCUCAAUUGCUAACCGUCUGGGACUUCGUUACACUCUCUCCUUUGGUGGAUUCGGAUACUUCCUCUAUGUUGCCUCAAUCCUGUCCUACAACCAUAACAAGAACGCAGGCUUCCUCAUCUUCGCUGGUGCUCUCCUCGGUGUCUGUGCUGCUUGUCUCUGGACUGCUCAGGGUACAAUCAUGAUGAGCUACCCAGGUGAAUACUCAAAGGGAAAGUUCAUCUCCUGGUUCUGGGCCAUCUUCAACUUAGGCGGUGUUAUUGGAUCAUUGGUUCCCCUUGCAAAUAACCUUCACAACAAAGCAAACUCUGUCCAAGAUAGCACCUACAUCUUGUUCAUGGUUCUUAUGUUCAUUGGCUUUAUCCUUGGCUUUGCCCUUGUCAACGCAAGAGAUAUCAAACGUCCAGAUGGCACUCGCGUGAUUCUUAUGAAGAACCCUUCCUGGAAAUCUGAACUCAUCGGCCUCUUCUAUGUCCUUAAGUCAGACUGGUACAUUAUCCUCCUUUUCCCCAUGUUCUUUGCCAGUAAUUGGUUCACCACCUACCAAUUCAACGGAGUCAACCUGGCCAAGUUCAACAUCCGUACCCGUGCACUUAACAACGUCCUCUACUGGGUUUCUCAGAUGAUUGGUGCUUUUGUCUUUGGAUAUAUCCUUGAUAUCCAACGUAUUCGCCGCUCUAUCCGUUCCCGCUAUAUCCUCGGUCUGCUCUUUGCCAUUACUAUGGGCAUUUGGGGCGGUGGAUGGGUAUUCCAGAGUUCCUAUGACCGUGCAGAUGUUAAAAAGACCGACCGCAUGGACUGGAAAGACAAAGGCUAUGUUGGACCAAUGUUCCUCUACAUGUUCUAUGGAUUCUAUGAUGCUGCCUUCCAAACCUGCGCUUACUGGUUUAUGGGUGCCUUAACCAACAACUCCCGCAAGCUUGCCAACUUCGCUGGUUUCUACAAGAGUAUUCAAUCAGCUGGCGCAGCUAUCGCAUGGCGUAUUGAUGGUCAGGCUGUCUCUUACCGCGUCAUGUUCAUAUCUAACUGGGCCCUGCUCGCCAGCUCCUUAAUUGUUGCUGCCCCAGUUAUCUGGAUGAAGAUCAAAGACACCACUGACAUUGAGAAAGAUCUCAAAUUCUCCGAUGAGAAUCUUGAAGAAGUUUCCACCGCUGCUGCCAUGGAACUCCGCGGCAAAUAA